CCCCCAAGCGGGAGGGGCCGAUACAGCCUCUUAGCCCCGGAUCUUCCGCGCUGAGGAAAGGACUUUGCUCUAAAAGCGCCAGCGCGGACGUGAAAAGUAAAAACACGCGUGGGGGUUUUACCCCCUUCUCCACGGGGCUGAAGGAGGCGCUUAAAGGGGGGCCAGAGACCCGCGUUUCAGGGGGGCAGCUUGGAGGGAGGCUCACUCCCCCCCACGGACGGAGGGAUGAGCGGCUGCCCCGGGGGAAAUGUCCAAAGGAACAGAAACGGCAUCAAACCCGCGGCGGGGCCUGAGAGGGCUGAGCAUGGGCGGGUUCUCUCCCUGUGCCCCUCACUGAAGGGGGGAUGGGGGAAGGGCGCAGGUCCCGUGGCCCCGCCCGGGAAAAGGGGGGACUGAGCCCUCAUUUGUAAUUAUGCAAAUGAUCGAACACAGAACUUCCACGUGCACUUUUCCAUCGGGAAUUUCCGAUCACAUCCGGGUCUCUUUCCUGUACGGAGCCCUACGUUCCAUCCCCUGCUCAUCCCCAAAGGCUUGGGAAGCUGCUGGAAAGAAGGGACGGAGCCAAGAAUAAAAGGAAUCGGGAUAGAGUCUUUGCUGCGCCAAAAAAGGCCUCCUGAUGACGUCACUCCCGCCGCCGCCCCUGGGGUGCUGAGCCCCAGGGCAUGCUGGGAGUCCCCUGAUGCGCUGGCCCUGCUUCCUGGGUCCCAGGUCAAUAUUCAGCCUGGGCAGAGAAGGCUCAGACCCCGGCCUCCCUCUCUGGGGCCCCUCUCCCUCCCCCGCCCGGCUGGCAGAAGAUCCACACCCGGAACCAGAGACAUGGCCCCUGGCAGCCAGAGACCCUCCUCCCAGGAGUUGGUGACAUUCAAGGACAUUUUCAUGGACUUCACUGAGGAGGAGUGGGGGCUCUUGGACGCUUCUCAGAAGGAACUGUACAAGGAGGUCAUGCUGGAGAGUGUCCAGAAUCUGCUGUCCCUGGAUAUAGAAACUGGAUUCAAAGUAAAUGAGAGGAACAAAAGCCUGAGAAUUUUUGUGGAAGAACAUGACCUGCAAAGGUUCAUGGAUGGUCCCUGUGACUUCAAUUUGAAGGAAUUGCAUGAUUUUAUUCUCAAAGUACAUAGAUAUGCAAAGAGUGAUUGUGGAUUGUAUGAAACUGGAAAGAGAUUCAGAUGGACUUCUUUCAUAAAUCACUGUAAGAAAAUGAUCUCAGGAAGUGAUUACUUGAAAUGCUUCACUGAAGAGGUAGAACCAUUGCUUCCAGGUAAUCAAUGGGAUAUUGCUGUGAAGUGCAGUUCAGACCUCAGUAGCCAUCAGAAAAGUGAUACUGAAGAAAUACUUUCCAUAAGUAAUAAAAGUGAGAAGGCUUUCGGUCAGAACUCUAAUCUCCGUACUCGUCAACAAAUGCCUAUUAGAAAAGAACUUGAUGAACAUAAUGUAUGUGAAGCAACCUCAUCCUAUCACCCACCUCUUCCUUACCACCCUGGAAUGAAAAGGUCUGGAUAUGAUCAGUGUGGGAAAGCCUUUGGUUGGAAGCCAACUCUUGGUAGCCCUCAGAAGGCUCAUACUGGAGAGGUGUCUCAUAAAUGUGCUGAAUGUGGGAGAGCUUUCUAUUACAGAUCAUUCCUGAUUGACCAUCAGAGAAUCCACACUAGAGAGAAGCCUUAUUUAUGUCUUCUGUGUGGAAAGCCUUACAUGUGCAAUCAGUGUGGAAAGACGUUUACAGAUAUCUCCAGUCUAACAAAGCAUAAGAAAACCCACACUGGAGAGAAGGCUUAUGAAUGUAAUCAUUGUGGAAAAGCUUUCACACAGAGUGCCCAUCUUGCUGAGCAUCAGAGAAUCCACACUGGAGAGAAACCUUUCAAAUGUAAUCAGUGUGGAAAGGCUUUCACACAGAGUUCCAGUCUUGCUUUACAUCAGAGAAUCCACACAGGAGAGAAACCUUUCAAAUGUAAUCAGUGUGGAAAGGCUUUCACACAGAGUUCCAGUCUUGCUUUACAUCAGAGAAUCCACACUGGAGAGAAACCUUUUAAAUGUAAUCAAUGUGAAAAGGCUUUUAGUUGUAACUCAAAUCUUGCUAGACAUCAGAGAAUCCACACUGGAGAGAAACGGUUUAAGUGUAAUCAGUGUGGAAAGGCUUUCAGAUUCUCAUCCAGUCUUGUUACACAUCAGAGAAAGCACACUGGAGAGAAACCUUUUAAAUGUAAUCAGUGUGGAAAGGAUUUCACACAAAGUGCCCAUCUUGGUUUACAUCAGAGAAUCCACAGUGGAGAGAAACAUUUUAAAUGUAAUCAGUGUGGAAAGGCUUUCAGAUUCUCCUCCAUUCUUGCUGAACAUCAGAGAAUCCAUACUGGAGAAAAACCUUUUAAAUGUAAUCAAUGUGGAAAGGAUUUCACACAGAGUUCCAAUCUUGCUUUACAUCAGAGAAUCCACACAGGAGAGAAACCUUUUAAAUGUAAUCAAUGUGGAAAGGCUUUUAGUUGCAAUUCAAGUCUUACUAUACAUCAGAAAAUCCACACUGGAGAGAAACCUUUUAAAUGUAAUCAAUGUGGAAAGACUUUUAGACGCAGCUCCCAUCUUGCUACACAUCAGAGAAUCCAUACUGGAGAGAAGCCUUUUAAAUGUAAUCAGUGUGGAAAAGCUUUCACACAGAGUUCCAAUCUUGCUUUACAUCAGAGAAUCCACACUGGAGAAAAACCUUUUAAAUGUAAUCAGUGUGGAAAAGCUUUUACACAGAGUUCCAAUCUUUCUACCCAUCAGAGGAUCCAUAUUGGAGAGAAACUUUAAAAAAUGUAAUCAAUGUGGAAAGAGUUUUAGAUGACCUCCCAUCUUGCUAGACAUAAGAGAAUCCACAAUGAAAUGAAACCUUUUUUUUUUUUUUUUUUUUUUUUGGUGAUUGUUCCUUUCUUUUUUUCCUAUUUUGGGUAGGAGACGAUAGCAGUGGGAACUGUACUAACCAUAGGAUUGUCCUGCCCCUGAUCCUCUAAUGUAAAAUAAUAAGGAAGGCAUUAUUAUAGUAAUGAUUCAUGCAAUAGAACAGAAGGACUGAGAAAGUUUUGAAAAAUGUUUUCUUGAAUUCAUUACUACUCAAAAAAGAAAUUCAAUCUUUGCAAAUUUGUUUCUUGACAUAAUUUUCUUCUUUGUGUAAAUUCAAAAUGUUCAUUUGAUUUCAUUUGUAUGAAUUUCAAAAUUAAAAAAGAAAUCAGA